AUGAGAAAGGAUCACCUAUUCCAGUGGCAAAUCCGUAUUGAUGAUGGUGAUGGGCUUGAUUUGCCUUUAUCAGAAGCUUCGGGUUCGCUCUAUAUACCUGAUUCUGAUAUAUCUGCAGAUUCAUUGGAAUAUUUAAAAAAAAAAAAUCCUUUAAGAUUUGAGUAUCUCGUAGGUCCUGGAAUGUUAGAAUUUGGAUUGACAGAAGAAUCAGUGAUAUGGACAGCCAAAGACACAAACAUUUCAAAUUUAUGUGAUAAAUUUAGAACAAACUCAAUUAAGGCUUCUGAAGAAAAAAUUUUGUCUGCACAUGAAGAAUUAGCUUUAAGCCAUAUUUUCUUGCUUGAAGAAGGCAUUAACAAAGGGUUAAGGCAAUAUAUUGAUGAUGAAACAUGGACAGAAAUAUUUAAAAAAUUUCGUUUGGAGUAUAAAUAUGUUAAUGUUGAUGAAUCAGUCUGGGAGAUUUGGAACAAUAUUGUAAAGAUCACGUGUAAACAAAUUGAUGAUGAUCAAUUUAAGGAAGAGGUCAAAGAUUAUUUAAGUAAUUAUAAUUUUAAAUCAAAAAAUGGUAAUGAUGAUAAUCAAGAGGAAAUAAUUAAAUCCAUUUUUAUAAAUUUGGUAGACAAAUAUCAACUUGAUGAAGAUGCAAUUGUUGAAGAUACGCAUAUCCAUAAAUAUUUAUCACCAUUAAUUGACCCAUUCUUUCCUGAAAAUCAAAAAAUUAAAGUUGAAUGGGCGAAUAAGAUGUCAAUAUCUUCUGCAGAAGAUAGAAGGUCAUUUGACCCUUCUCUCUUUGGUUCCAAACCUGAUUUUUUAAUAAGAACAACAAACACAAACUAUGUUGAGCUGCUUCUAGCAGAAAUUAAACCUACAAAAGUUUCAAUUAAAUUAUUUAGCAAUGAUUUAGUUAAGUUAGGAAAAGAGAUGAAAUCAUCAAUUGACAAAAUCAUUGAUGAGGGUUUGUUGGAUGUAUCUGUUUAUGGUAUACAUGGUGCUGGAGAAAUAUGUAAAUGUUAUAUAAUGGAUCUAAAAAGUGAAGGAAUUUAUAGAAUGAUGGUUUUAGGCAAAUUCAUAAUACCAAGAGACCCAACAUCAUGGGCAACCGUGAUUAACUGUUUCCAGAUCCUGAUAACAUUAAAGGGGCUUGUUUAUGAAUCAGCCAACAAUUAUUAUGACACUUCCAGACAAAUUUUAUGUGAAAAUAGUGAAAAGACAACAUAUCAACAAAAAUUCAAAAGACAUGGUUUUCAUCCUCCACUCAAAUUAAUGGUUAAUGAAUUAGUGAAUAAGUCAAACUUAUUAUCUACAAAACAAAAGAUAAUUGAAGGAAAAGAUGAAGUAAUUGGAAAAUUAAAAACCUUUGCCUGA